AUGUCAACACGGAAACCUCUGCUAUCACAUGAUUAUCAAACCUCCACACAACGUAAACGAAAACAAUUAAUCGUAACACUAAUUUCAACAAUAAUAAUUUGUUCUGUUUUGGCUAUUAUUGGAAUUGUUGUCAUUCCGAUUGGUAUUUUAAAUAGUCAACCACCAGUUUAUUGUUACAGUACCGAUGAAUUAAAAUCAUUUGAAUAUGGAACUGUUAUUGAUAUUGAAUUAAAUAAUAAUUUGGUAUUUAAUUUAUUCAAAAAAGGAAAUUUAAUUGGAAAAUUCAAAUAUAGAAGUUGGGCAAUUCCUUCGAGAAUUGAUUUAAUAACAAAUUUGGAUCAAGGAAGUAUUGAUGGAAGAUUAAUUUCAUUAUCUUUGAAUACAUUUAAAGUGGAAUUAAACAAAUGCCAAAAUUCAAGUGAAAUUCCAUUUUUAUAUUUUGGUAAAAUUAAUUACGAUUUGAUGAAUUACAAAAUCUAUGAUGAAAAUAAUAAUUUAAAUUUAAUUAUUGAAAAAUAUGACACUGUGUGGAAUAAUUACAAUAUUAAAUCAACCACUAGUAAUACCAUUUAUGGAACUAUUAAAGCAAGUGAAAAUACCUAUCUCAAUAAGAAUUGGAAAUUAACAAUUCAAACCCACAACAAUCAAACUCAAAUAGAUUGGAGAAGAGUACUCUAUAUUAUACCAUCCAUCUAUUACAAUACCCGUUACAAAUCUUAA